GCACCGGACUCUGGAGUCUGUACAGGCAUGGCCCAUGUUGUCCAAUCUCUGGAUCAGCCUUCAAACUACAAGGAUUCGCAAGCACGUCUCGAUCGCCAGAAGCAAAAUGAUAUGCUCACAAAGUCCACGACGUUAUAUAUUGGUAAUCUGAGUUUCUACACGACAGAAGAACAGAUAUACGAGCUUUUCUCUAAGUGCACCAGCCCAGAGGAGGGCGGAGGGAUAAAGCGUGUCAUUAUGGGUCUUGAUAGGAAUACAAGAACGCCGUGCGGCUUUUGUUUCGUUGAGUACUACAGCCACGCAGAGGCGCUGGCCUGUUUGAGGUACGUCAGCGGCACGAAGCUCGACGAGCGCAUUAUUCGGUGCGAUCUCGACCUGGGCUACCGCGAAGGUAGGCAGUUUGGCAGAGGAAAGAGUGGCGGCCAGGUGCGGGACGAACACAGACAAGACUACGAUCCUGGACGUGGUGGAUGGGGCGCUCAGGCACAGCGACAGGAGAUCGAGCGACGCAGAGAAGUAGAGGAGCGGUAUGCCGAUGCGCAGGAGGGCCCGGGCGCCGUCGCAGGCGGAGGUGGCGAAUGGAAGGAUGCAGGCAAUGCAGACAAUCCGCUCAAGCGCGCACGGUCGCCGGAGGAUGAGGGGGACAGUGGGAGAACGGGUGCUCGCGCAAGAAUGGACGACCACGAUCAGGCGCGCAUGUGAGAAUGCGGCGUACUUGUACUGUAGUUGU